AUGCUGCUCUUCAUAUUGUUGAGUGUAGUAGCGCAAACGCUGGCCGGACAACCACACGGAUUCUCUGGAACAUUAGUUGAUUUUACGGACCCCAAGGUCCAAGGUCACCUAGACGCUUUAGUACGCAUGGCUCAGUCCUGUGUCAUCAAGGUGCGCGCCUCACCCAAAGACGUCAGGGCGUACUUCACCAACUCGCCGCCCAUCACCAGGUCGGGGCAAUGCUUCGCGGCAUGCAUGCUGGAGCAGAGUGACGUCAUCAGCCACGGGAAAGUAAACCGAGAUCUCCUCGUUCAUCUAGCAAGCCUGGUCAACGGCAAGAACUCCCGUGUUGUGCGCAAACUACACAGUAUAUCCCGACUCUGCCUCGACAGCAUCGAAGGGAUGUCAGACAGAUGUCAACUAGCCUCCACGUACAAUGACUGCUUGAACGAGAACAUGAUCGAAUUCGCUUUCCCUCUCGACAUAGCGGAGGAGGCUGUGAGGAAAAUGCCUUUUCAUCUUAUACAGCCUAAUCUGCCACAGGAGUUGAGACACCCGUAUUAG